AUGGCUAAGACAAAGCAGACAGCGAGAUGGAGUUCGGGCGGGACGGCACCACGCAAGCAACUAGCUCUGAAGACCGCCCGGCUUACUAGGCAUCAACGAGACCUCCGUGAUCGUCUCCUGUUCCAGUUAUCAUCAAGGGCUGAUAUAUCAUUGAAGUCUCAAAGUCAAGCGCUGCGUCCGUCUGUCCCAAUAACUACUAUAUAUGGGUUGAAAUCGGGCACAGAAGGUUCGAUGUAA